GUCGCUAAGCAACGCCGUGUCAACCUGCAAACCUGAAACAGCGUCUUGAGUCAAAUCUCAAUACCUCCAGCUGUAGUUUAAGCACUAAUCUGUGGUGUUAAUGUGUUUACAUAACGUUUCAGUUUCUGAACCGGACUCGGGUGUGAAUUGCAGCCGGAAGUAGCAGAAAACAAAAACAAGAGUCGCUGCCAUCUAAAAUUUAAAAAAGGCCAAUGGGGCUCCUCGACAAGCUGGCGGGAUGGCUGGGCCUGAAGAAGAAGGAGGUCAACGUGCUCUGUUUGGGUCUGGACAACAGCGGAAAGACCACCAUCAUCAAUCAGCUGAAACCGUCCAACGCUCAAGCACAAGACAUCGUCCCCACUAUCGGAUUCAGCAUAGAGAAAUUCAAGACGUCAAGUCUGUCGUUCACAGUGUUUGACAUGUCUGGCCAGGGCAGGUAUAGAAACCUGUGGGAGCACUAUUACAAGGAAGGACAGGCCAUCAUAUUUGUCAUUGACAGCAGUGAUAAGCUGAGGAUGGUGGUGGCCAAAGAAGAGCUUGAUACUCUCCUUAACCAUCCGGAUAUCAAACACAGGAGGAUCCCUAUCCUGUUCUUUGCUAAUAAAAUGGAUCUCAGAGACGCCCUGUCCUCAGUGAAGGUCUCUCAGCUCCUCUGCCUGGAGAACAUCAAAGAUAAACCGUGGCACAUUUGUGCUAGUAACGCUAUCCAGGGGGAUGGUCUGCAGGAGGGAGUCGACUGGCUGCAAGAUCAGAUCCGAACCAUGAGAACAUGAAACGCUCGUAGAAUCCGGAGAAAAACCACCGCAUCGCCGAUUCCAUAUCACGAACCGAAACUCCUUCACAGGGCACACGGAGCCAUCUGUUCAUGAAGCCCAGGGUUUGGCAGUGUGAGACGAUUUGAUUGUGUUUCAGCACAGAUUUUAUGCACCAUUUUAAAUUGUUUGUCUUGAAAAUAUCCGGAAAAUUAGGUCAGUUUCGCUAGUUGUCCUAGUGUGUUUAAAAUGUAAUAAGCAUGCGCAGAAAUGCAUUAUUAUACCUCAGCUAAAAGCUGGCAAAGGUGUUUUGUUCUCCCCCCCCCAGGAAACCAAACAAAACAGUCCAUAAAUGUAUUACAUCCCAUAUUUAUUACAUCACAUCAGAUUAACGUCAUUUGUUACAGAGCAGGGAAAAGUUACAGGUUACUAUAAGAUGUUUAGAAGACGUCUCAUUUUGCUUAUUUGUAAGAUUAUUAAUGUUUUUUUUUGUAAUGUGACUGAUGUAGCAUUGUAAAGAACUUUGCAACAGUUCUUGCUGGUGUGUCGAUAACGUGUAUUAUUCUAUCCACGUUCACUGGAUAUGAGCAAUCGCGCGCUCUGAUUGGCCACUGUACUACUAGGAUAUCAGCUCAUAUACCGUGAAUAGAGAAAAACAAAAUGGGAAGCGUGUUGCUGAACCAACCGAGGACGAAAUAAAAACUCUACUUGACAACAAACCCCCCCCCCAAAAAAGCAACAAAAUAUGGAAUGAAAGUAUUUGAUGGUAAGAACGUAUCUUUUUUUUUCCAAGAAUUAUUAUUAUAGCAUUUUUCACAAAUUGCUCCUGUCAUUUUGCCAGUUUGUUUGCAUUCUAAGCGGAAAUUAUUUUGUUGGACGUUUUGUAUCAAGUUUUAUUUAUCGAAUUUGCAAAAACUAAAAAUGCUGUUUCUCAAAAUCCAGUGAAUGUGGAUAGAAUAAAACAGUUAUUCCACUCAAUGUCGUCAUACAUGGCUUAUAGCCGCUAUCAGCUCAUGUACGACUCGAUUUUGUGGAAUAACUGUGUAAUAUUGGUUUACCAGACACUCCUAAGGUUUUUUUUUUUUUUUAAAUCAUUGCUUUACUUUAUUUUAUAAUUCCAGCUAAAACACACAGUAAAAGAUAUUUCUCAAAAUUUUCAAUGUGAUGAUAUAAACUCAGCUGUCCCUCAUGCUUUUUAAAAAAAAUGUAGUUUUCUACUCAUUUUCUGUCUCAAAUCUGUCUUAUACUGUGAUUUAAAGGAGAGUAAACAGUCUAUAAGUAAAGAGGAUUCGUCUCUGUAUGAAAGCUGACAGUCGUCUAGUAUCCUGCAGAGUUUAAUAGUGCAUGAGUGGUCAGUUUAUUCUUCUUCUUUAUUUAUAAACCUAUCAAACAUGUCUACAAUUACAGAGCAGAUUUUAUAUCGAUGAUGAAUUAUUUUCAGCACUAACACUGACCCUCAGCUGGUAGGUGCACAGUUAGAGACUAUAGGUUGUAUGUUUUCAGGUACAGUGUGUCUUUUAUACCACAACACUGCUGAAUUCUCAAAUCUGAUUGGCCAGAAGGUGUGUAUUAUUUUAGUAUAGCAGCAGCUUGGACAGUCGUUCCAGCUGUAACCUAAAUAACAUGUUAAUAUUAAGGUGUUUGUCCUAAUACGUUAUUGUUUCCAUAGUAACAGCUCGUACACAGG